GAAAAGGAUUCUGAUAAUGUUUGCACCAUAUCUUAGCAGAAAAAUGGUUAAUUCGAGUACUUCUAGUGGAAUGGUGGUUAAUUAUCAUGAACAUGUCCAAGCUUUUCACAACAAAGAAUACAGCAGUCUAGCAACACGGAUGAAAGCUACUUCACGAUCCAGGAUGAGGACGAACAAUAUCAAAGAAUUUUGCGUCAGGAAGACACGUUUUACUUGUGGGGCUAUAGCACCCAUUGAGAAAAGGGAGAAUUUGAAUACCUGGGAAACGAAGCUGAAUAACCCUGUUGCAGACGCCACUGCUACUAUUGGAAGCUUGGUCCAGGAUGGCUUGGUUUAUAGGGAAAACUUUGUGAUUAGAUCAUCUGAAAUAGGCUUUGACGGCAAAAUAUCCUUGGCCACCUUGUCCAAUUAUUUACAGGAUACUGCACUUAACCAUAGCAGUAUUUUAGGGUUGUUGGCGGAUGGUCUUGGCUUAACACCAGAAAUGAGUAGAAAGGAUUUGAUAUGGGUCCUCUCCACUUUGAAAUUAGUAAUGGAUCGGUAUCCUACAUGGCUUGAUGUUGUUCAAGUAGAUACCUGGAUGUAUCAAUCAGGAAAAAAUGGCCUAGGCCGCGACUGGAUUUUUCGUGAUGGCAGGACAGGAGAAACUGUGGCUCAUGCAACCAGUAUAUCUUUGUUGAUGAAUAAGAAAACAAGGAAGUUAUCGAAGUUUGCAAAGGAAAUCAAAGAAGAACUUGUCCCUCAUAUGAUGGACUGUAAUCCUAGAAUCAAUAACCAUGCCAGAAAAAAGCUGCAUUUUGAUGUUCAGACAGCAGAUUAUUCUUGUACAGGGUUAAGACCUGGAUGGAAUGACCUUGAUCUCAAUCAGCAUGUCAACCAUGCCAAAUACAUUAAUUGGAUACUUCAGAAUAUUCCAAGAUCAUUUAUCGAGCAUCACAAUCUUUCUACCUUAGCUUUGGAGUAUCGAAAGGAAUGCAACACCGAUAGCACACUGCAGUCUCUAUCGAAAAUCGUUAAAAGUGAAAUUCAUGAUCAGGUAGAGUUCGAUCACUUGCUGCUUCUCGAGAAUGGAUUGGAAAUUGUUAGAGGAAGUACCAUAUGGAAGCCAAGAGAUCAUGAGAACGGCCUUCAAUAAUCUUAGGAUGUUCUUAUUUUAUAAGUUUUUCAUUAUAUUUUUUAUUUCUUAUUUUUCUCAAUUUCAGUUUUAUAAAAAUACUUUUUAAUUUCUAAAUUAUAAUACAAA